AGACGGCAGUGACUUGUACGCAUGCGCUAGUGAAGUCUACGUCAGCUCUUCUCUUCUAGCCAGCUGCCUGAAAGCUACGUGGCCCUCACUCCUCUGACUGUCUUCUCCUCAGACACAACCUCAACCACAGAUCGACACCAUGGAUCAGGUAAUGCAGUUUGUGGAGCCCAGCCGGCAGUUCGUCAAAGACUCCAUCAGGCUCGUGAAGAGGUGCACGAAACCCGACAGAAAAGAGUUCCAGAAGAUCGCCAUGGCCACAGCUAUUGGGUUUGCGAUCAUGGGCUUCAUUGGCUUCUUCGUCAAACUCAUCCACAUCCCCAUCAACAACAUCAUCGUUGGAGGUUAAAUCAUGCUGAACAAAGACCGAACUUCAAAUUCUGGGAUGUGGAGACAACGACGCAAAGUGUUAUUGGGCUGGUGUGAUUGGGGACUGACGGGGUGACAUUUUUACAUUCUGUGCACAACAUUUGUAUUUCUCAGUGUAAAUAAAAAUACAAAUACAAAAAGAAA